GCCACCACUGACCCCGUGGCGCCCUCCGGAAGUGUUUGCGCGGAGGCGCGGGGCCGGUGUCCGGACGCGUGUCGGAGCGGAGCUGAGAGGAGAGCAGCGGGGGCCAUGUCCGACUUCAAACUGGGGAUCGUGCGGCUCGGCCGGGCGGCGGGCAAGACUAAGUACACACUAAUAGAUGAGCAAGACAUCCCACUGGUGGAGAAUUAUACCUUUGAGGCUCGUAUGGAAAUAGAUGCUGAUGGAAAUGGCGCAAAAAUAUUUGCGUAUGCGUUUGAUAUCAGCAAGCGGAGGGGUUCUGGUCGUCCUCUGCAUGAGCUGCUCUGGGAGCGGCACAGAGGAGGAAUUGCUCCAGGUUUCCAGGUGGUUCAUAUCAACAGCGUGACAGUGGAUAACCGACUGGACAACCUCAAGCUUGUUCCCAUGGGUUGGAGGCCAAAGGCAGAGGAAAUCUCUAGCAAACAGAGGGAGCAGAGUCUUUAUUGGCUGGCAAUCCAGCAGGUGCCUGCAGAUCCCAUUGAAGAGCAGUUCCCUGAGCUGAACCUCACACGUUACUACAAUGCCAAUGGGGACAUUAUGGAGGAUGAGGAGGACUCGUGCACAUAUUAUGAAUGCCAUUACCCACCGUGCACUAUGAUGGAGAAGCAGCUGCGUGAAUUCAACAUCUGUGGGCGGUGCCAGGUGGCACGAUACUGUGGCUCCCAGUGCCAGCAAAAAGACUGGCCUGCCCAUAAGAAGCAUUGCCAUGAGAAGAGGCGCCCGCUGCAGCAAGAACUUGAGCCCGAGCGAUGACCCCCUCCCUCCCCUGCCCCUCCUCACCCUUGCCCCGCAUGCUUUCGCCAUGGAUCAACAGUGGCGUCAGUUUUGUUUUGCACAAUUCAGACUGGACAUAAAGUUUCCUAAGCACUGAGGAAGUACAAAGAAUAGAAUGGACUUGAGGAGGUCUCUGUGAGAAGAGGGGGCUGGGGCUACCCUUCCUAAGAUCGAUCGCUACGAAGACUAUAGAGGUUCCUAAUCAGAAGCUUCUGUGUCUAUAUUUAUAUGUUGAUAUGUAUUUGAAC